GUUUCAUACCAUGCGCACGUUAGUACUAGGCACCGUCAUUCACUCACACUCUUGACUUCAAAUUUUCUUCUUCAAUCUGAAAACCCCUCCAAAACCCUAGAAAACCUGCUCUCGUUGAAGCGAUCAGAUUCCGGCAAAAAAUGCCCGGAAUCUCAUCGGAGUCCGGCGAAUCAUCAUCUCUCGUCCCAUUCUCGCCUGAAGUCGGAGACCCCGUCGUCUACCCCCUCCACCACGGCCUCAAGCCCCCAAUCUCUCGCCUCUCCAUCUCUUGGUCCCGCGGCAACUCUCUUCGCGUUUCGGUUUUCCUGAAACCUCAGUCCGAUGCCGAUGACAGUGAAAUUGGGGGCAAAGUGGUGGAGGUGAAGCUCGGUAGUGGAGAUGGUGAGAUCGACGACGCGCAGUGGCGGAGGAUUGCCUACGGUUCGGUCUCACCGUUUGCGCUUCUUCAGAGCCGGAAGAACUCGAUGUCUGCGUUGUCGAAAAUGUCUGCGAGCUCGUCUGCUUAUGAAGCUGAUUGGUGGGAAUAUGUUAUGGAGUAUAGUAGUGACAUAAAUUUUCUUCUUGGUGGUCAAAAGUUGCCACCUAGUUCAGUGAUUGAAGACCCAAAGACAAUUUUAAAGAAAGUUGAGGAGCCAACCUGCUUGAAAUCUGCAUGGGAGUUGCUGGAAAUAUUUUAUGCAGACAAGCAUUCUCAAGCUUGGAUGCCUGAACGGCUUCUUGAUUGGUUAGCUGAUUAUGAUAGCUUACUGUCUGGAACUCAGCCAACAGUUAAUUCAAAACUUGUCAAUUUUCAAAAAGAUCUAGUCAGUUUGCAGGCAAUCGAAGAUGAUCCUAAAUACUGGGAAGCAAUGUCAUCACCAUUGGCAGUUGGUUGGCUAGAUAUUGCGGUGAAAAUGUUGCACUUGCAUGGAUCGUAUCAGCUUGAUCAGCUUGGUAACCGUGAGAUAGAGAAUGGACUGGUUGAAGCAGUUGCUGUUUUGAUUUCAAAAAUGCCACGUUUGCGUCCUGAAUUGGCACCUGGGAAAUUAGGUGAAUGCUAUAAAACCAAGCCUGAUUUUAUUAAGGCAUGGGAGAAAUGGCGGGCACAAUUAACUAAGCUAGACUGCAGUACAUACUGGGUUCAGUGUGAUCACAAUCGGACCAAGGAGGGCUUGAAAUACUUGCUACAAAUCAUGCUGGGAAAUGCUAAUAUUCUCUCCUCUUCGACAUGUAAUUGGAUAGAGCUGCAUAUUUCUCACUUGUUAUACAUUAGACCAUUCACUAUGGGUUUAGAGAGCAUGUACAGCCUAGCUCAGAAAUGCAUGCAGUUAAAGCCAAUGUCUUCUCCGCAUAAGUUGAUGGGACUUUUAAUUGGCAUUCUAGCGGAAAAUACAGAGGUUGUGUUAGCAGAGUGUUCAAGAUCAUUUGGUCCUUGGAUGGUUGCCCAUGCUAUAGAGUUGUUGACAGCUGGGAGCACUCAAGCAGAAAUUCUUUUACAUGAAGAGCGUUACAAUCUGGGAGGAAUCAGCAUGGAGGAGCUCCAUCGACUUGUCUAUGCUCAAGUUCUAUCUUCACAUGCAUUGACUUGGCAAAUUGCUCCAAUAUACUUGACAUCAUGUAUGAAACAAGGAAUGGGCCUGUUGGAGAUUUUGUUGUACAAGCAACCUGUGCAGCAUAAUCAAUUACUCCUCAAGAACAUAGAGAUUUGCCGUCUAUAUGAACUAGACAGUGUUAGUUCAAAGAUAAUGAAGAUUGCUGGAGUGCAUCACUGGAAGCAUGGAAAGAAAGGUUCUGGAGUCUUCUGGCUUCAGCAAGCUCAGGAUGAAGUUUGUUUAAACAGAAUUGCUCAGCAGUUGUUCAAUUUUGUUGGAAAGUCUAUCUCUGAUGAAAGUCUCAAGCAAUGGGAAGGAUUAAUUGAAUUGUUGGGUUCUGAGUCGAGGACUGCUGGAGGUCUCGAGUUUCUGCACAAGUAUAGGGAUUUCAAAAGAUCCCUUCAGCAGGUUCAUGAUGGAAUUGCUACUGAUGCCGCUCAGAAAGCCGUUGAAUCCCUUAUAUCGCUUAUGAAAAAUCCAUCCACACCUCAACGGUUUUGGCUGCCUCUUCUAUAUGACUCGUUAAAAUUAUUGAAUUGGCAGGAUCGUCCUCUACUGAAUGUCUCUCAGACUAACCUUUUGUUAAAUAAGCUGCAAGAGUUGUCCAUGGCAAGGCUGCGACCAGACUUCAUUGAAGCAGACUUGCCAUCUCAGGCUUUGAGUUCUGUCAGGCUAGCUCUUGCGACUAAUCUAGGACGUGCCAUCCUCGAAGAAUGAUGCUUUGCUUGCCAUGGAAUUCAGCAGAUGUCAAUGCGUAGUUGGUUUUCUUGCCUCUCUGUCAUCACUGCACCAUUGAGUAGUAUAAUUAUUUGUUCUCUUAUUUUUUUCCACCCUCAUUUGCUGGUAGAUCUCUGUUCCCACAUUUUGGUACAACGGGGUGAAUCUAUCUUUGCCAAGAAAAUGAGAAAUGGUGGGCAGGAUGAUAGAAUGUGCCAUGACCGGGAGAGAAGCUCUGCUCUUUAACCACUUCUUCUGUUACUUUGUGAUUUAUGUUGUAAUAUUCUCUAAUGCAUUGCAAAUGAUGCAGAAAUGCAUGAUGAAGUAGAUGAAAAGAGAACAUAUAAAUAUGCAGAAUUGGCCCGAGGUGCCUGUUUGAGGUUUCAGUCAGUGGCAACUAAUUUAUGUGCUAUUUUGUUGAGGCGAAAUUUUUAUUUGCACCUGAAAGGUUAGGCGUGUGCCAUGAGCAUCUGACAAUGUGUUUGGGAAUUACGACUGUAGCAAAUAGCAAUCAGGUAGAGACUCUGUGGAUUGUAUGUUCAAGUGGUCGAACAUGUAAAGAAAUCCAUUUGAGUUGGAGACCAUGUAUAAUUUAAACAUUUGUUUGUCACUGUUUUGAGUAAACUGGUAUGAUGAGUAAAUUUGAAAAUUUAUUAGAAACUUUUCAGUCA